CAAACAUGGAAACAUCCCUCCCUUCCUUUGAAUCUUGUCCCCUCUCUGCUCUGCUCUGCUCUCUCUCUCUCUCUGUGCUCCACCCAACCAGUCCAGCUACAGCUGCAUUAUCAUCACAUCACCAACAAUCACCAUCAGUACUGGCUGUGAGUCUCCAUCCCAUUCUUCUCCUCCUUGCUUUGCUUCCACACUUCUCCAUCCUUUGGUUUCCUAUAAACAUUGCUCUAAAAGCUUCCACCUUUACCCAAAACGAGAGCUUUCUGGCGGUUUAGCAACGAUGAGCAUGUAUGGGCGUGACCCUUGGGGCGGCUCCCUUGAGAUCUCGCACGCGGACUCCGCCACUGACGACGAGCGCAGCCGCACGCUGCAUGACAUUGACCGUGCCGCGCUCUCGGCCUCGUCUCGGCCACUUGAUGAGACGCAGCAAAGCUGGCUGCUUGCUGGGCCUGGAGAUCAAGGCACCAAGAAGAAGAAGUAUGUGGACCUUGGGUGUCUAAUUGUUAGCCGGAAGAUCUUCUUGUGGACCGUCGGCUCGCUCGUCGCCGCCGCCGUGCUCGCCGGAUUCGUGACUUUGAUUGUCAAGACUGUGCCUAGGCAUCACCGGCCCAAACCGCCGCCGGAUAAUUAUACGCUUGCGUUGCAUAAGGCCCUCAUGUUCUUUAAUGCCCAGCGUUCUGGUCCCCUCCCAAAGCACAACAAUGUCUCAUGGAGGGGGAAUUCCGGGAUGAAAGAUGGCCUCUCCGAUUCAGCAGUCCGUAGGAACCUUGUCGGAGGAUUCUAUGAUGCCGGAGAUGCCAUUAAGUUCAAUUUCCCGGCUUCAUUCGCAAUGACAAUGCUCAGUUGGAGUGUGAUUGAGUACAGUGCCAAGUAUGAGGCUGCUGGUGAACUUGCUCAUGUCAAGGAACUCAUCAAAUGGGGUGCAGAUUACCUUCUCAAGACCUUCAACUCCUCUGCAGACACCAUUGAUCGAAUCGCUGCUCAGGUUGGCCAAGGGGACACCUCUGGAGGACCAACACCGAAUGAUCAUUACUGUUGGAUGAGGCCGGAGGACAUCGAUUACCCACGUCCUGUUUAUGAGUGUCAUAGUUGCUCAGACCUUGCAGCUGAGAUGGCUGCAGCAUUGGCAGCGGCGUCCAUUGUGUUCAAAGAUAGCAAGAUGUACUCUCAGAAGCUUGUCCAUGGUGCGACGACAUUGUUCAAGUUUUCUAGAGACCAGAGGGGAAGGUACAGUGCUGGUGGCAGUGACCCCUCUCUGUUCUAUAAUUCGACUAGUUACUGGGAUGAAUAUGUUUGGGGUGGAACUUGGAUGUAUCUUGCUACGGGGAAUACUUCAUAUCUUCAAUUGGCUACUCAUCCGAAGCUUGCUAAGCAUGCCGGGGCCUUCUGGGGUGGCCCUGAUUACGGUGUCUUUAGCUGGGAUAACAAGCUCACCGGUGCUCAAGUUCUUCUGAGCAGACUGAGGUUGUUUUUGAGCCCCGGAUAUCCCUACGAAGAAAUUCUGAGAACUUUCCACAAUCAAACAGGCAUAGUAAUGUGCUCUUAUCUACCGAUUUUCAAAUCCUUCAACCGAACCAAAGGUGGUCUUAUACAAUUGAACCAUGGGAGACCGCAACCUCUUCAAUACGUCGUGAAUGCAGCAUUUCUUGCAACAGUUUACAGUGACUAUCUCGACGCUGCUGACACUCCUGGAUGGUACUGUGGUCCUAAUUUCUUCUCCACCGACGUGUUGCGAAACUUUGCAAAGACUCAGAUCGAUUACAUUCUAGGUAACAACCCACAGAAAAUGAGCUACAUUGUAGGAUUCGGCAAUCGAUAUCCAAAGCAUGUUCACCACCGCGGUGCAUCAAUACCAAAGAAUGGAGUGAAGUACAACUGCAAGGGAGGUUGGAAAUGGAGGGAUACACAUAAGCCAAACCCCCACACGAUCAUCGGAGCUAUGGUGGCCGGCCCUGACAAACACGAUGGCUUCCACGACGUUAGAAUGAACUACAAUUAUACCGAACCGACACUUGCCGGCAAUGCUGGUUUGGUUGCUGCACUUGUGGCCUUGUCUAGUGAGAGUAAUGGAGUAGAUAAGAACACCAUUUUCUCUGCUGUUCCUCCAAUGACACCAACUCCUCCGCCGCCUCCGGCGCCCAUGGAAACCUUAAACAGGAAUUCAGAAGAUACAGUAAUGAUUCAGUUCAUCAGAUUAUGAUGCUGAUCUUUGUAUUCUUUUCAGAUGAAAAUGGGAAUUAGAUGAAGAACUUGUGCAGAGACUGCUGCUAACUACAUUCAAUUCAUGUCUGCUACUCUUUUUUGUGUAUUCUUGGUUUGUUGUGGCAUUUGUGAAAUCUGUAGCUUAUGUAUAAUGAGAGAAAUUUUACUAAAUGAAUAGUCUUUUUUAUCA